AUGCAGUGCUACCAGUUCCAGAAGCAUCGUCACCACCUAGUCCGAAGCCAGCAGCAGCGAUACUGGAAAGAUUAUGUUAUAGAUCCCGCUGACCCGUCAUGGUUUUAUUGGUCUUUGGUGGCUUCUCUUGCAACUUUCUAUAACUUGGUGGUCGUGUUUUUAAGGGCCGUAUUCACAGAUUUUAACAACCCGGAUUGGCGAAUGACUUGGUUUUGUUUUGAUUAUUUAUCCGAUUUCAUUACCAUUUUAGACAUGCUUCUUAGAUGUAGAUUAGGAUUUUUAGAACAAGGCAUAUUGGUUACAACGAAAAUGCGUUUAGUGAAGAUGUAUCUGAAAUCUUAUCGUUUUCCACUCGAUGUAAUGAGUAUUCUACCUUUUGAUUUGGUGUAUCUACUGGUUGGAGUGAAUACUUUAUUGCGAUUGAACAGACUGCUUCGUAUAUGGCGCAUAAAUGAAUUCUAUAACGACUCGGAAACACGUACCAGCUUCCCUAACAUGUUCAGAAUGAUCUUUUUGAUCAUCAAUAUUUGUUUGAUGAUACAUUUGAAUGCCUGCAUAUAUUUUUCCAUGAGUAGAUUUCUAGGGUUUGGUAGUGAUGAUUGGGGUUACGACCCUUCACAACCGGGUUAUGACAACCUUGCAAUGACGUACGCUUAUUGCUUUUACUGGUCCAUGUUGACGUUAACGGCUAUAGGAGACGUGGACCCACCCUCCACACUCCCUGCCACUCUUUAUUGUAUUAUUGUCACCCUUUGUGGUGUCUUGAUUUUUGCUACUAUUUUUGGUAAUGUCGGUGCCAUGAUCAACCAAAUGAAUGCAUCCAGACAAGAGUUUCAACAGAAUGUCGAUUCCGUCAAAAGAUAUAUGGAUAUCCGUAAGGUCAGUCCGCUUCUGCAAGAUCGAGUUAUCCAAUGGUUCGCUUAUACGUGGAACAACAAGCAGUCAGUGGAUGACAAGACAGCUUUGAAUAUACUCCCAGAUAAAUUGAAAACAGAAAUUGCUAUUCAAGUACAUCUCGAAACACUAAAAAGAGUUGCAAUUUUCAAGGAUUGUGAACCGGGGUUGCUUCAAGAAUUAGUUCUUAAGCUACGGCUACAGGUGUUUAGUCCAGGCGAUUACAUAUGUAAGAAGGGUGAUAUCGGAAAAGAGAUGUACAUCAUCAAAAGAGGCAAGUUGGAAGUAGUAUCACCAGACGGAAAAAUCGUUUUCGUGACGUUGCAGGAUGGUGCUGUCUUCGGAGAAAUUAGUAUCUUAAACAUUGCCGGAAACAAGACUGGAAAUAGACGAACAGCUAGCGUCCGAAGUGUUGGUUACUCCGAUUUAUUUUGUUUGUCAAAAGAUGAUCUUUGGGAUGCCUUAAAGGAAUAUCCAGACGCCAGAGCCAUGCUUUGGGAAAAGGGUAAACAAAUGCUUCGAAAGGAUAAUCUUCUGGAUGAGGAGGCAGCUAGGAGGAAAGAGUUGGCUGAUAUGUCAUUGGAGACAAAGAUAGAUAACAUCAAUGCCAUGAUGGAAACGAUGGGCAAACAGAUCAUGGGUUUAAUGUCUAAUUUGCAAGACGUCCAAAAACACAUGGGUAUUAAAAUAGAGAAACCAUAA